AUGGCUGCAACAAGCCAUCUUUCGGAAGAUGAAUUUUUAUGUCCUAUAUGCUGUGAAAUUUUCAGUAAUCCUGUUCUACUCUCAUGUAGUCAUAGCUUGUGUAAAACAUGUGUGCAGCGGUGCUGGGAAACCAACAAAUCUCCGGAUUGUCCAGUCUGUACGAAAAAAUCCUCUACCCUGGAGCCUCCACUGAACCUGGCGCUAAAGAAGCUGUGCGAAUUGUUCGUAGAGAGCCGUCACAGAUCUUCAGUGGCAUCUGAGGGCCUCUGCAAGCUGCACAACGAGAAACUCAAACUCUUCUGUGUGGAUGAUCGGCAGCCUGUGUGUGUGGUGUGUCAGACUUCAAAGAGACACAAAAACCACGAGUUCUGCCCUAUAGAUGAAGUUCUAUAUGAUGUUAAGGAAGAACUCAGGACUGCUUUGGAGCCUCUACACAAGACCCGGACACUCUUGGAAAUUGCUAAACAAAAUUACACCAAAGCAGAAUUACACAUUAAGAGUCAGGCCCAGUGCACAGAAAGACAGAUAAAGAAGGAAUUUGAGAAGCUUCAUCAGUUUCUAAGGGAGGAAGAAGCAGCAAGGAUUGCUGCGCUGAAGGAGGAAGAGGAGCAAAAGAGUCAAACAAUAAAGAGGAAGAUUGAGGAGACAAAUCAUGAAAUAGCCCGUCUUCAAGACAUAAUCAGAAAAACAGAGCAAGAAAUGGACAUUGAGGAUAUAGCACUCUUACAGAAUGUCAAGUCGACAGUGAAACAAGUUCAAUGCACAACAAAGCAUUCAGAGAAUGAGACAAAUAUGCUGAUCAGUGUUUCUAAGCACAUUUCUAACCUGAAGUUCCGAGUCUGGGAGAGAAUGCAGGCGAUCUUCCAGUACACUUCUGUUACUCUGGACCCCAACACUGCGCAUUUACAGCUCCAUGUGUCUGACGAUCUCACUACUGUGGAACACAGAAAACAGGAAUUACUGCUUCCUGAUAAUCCAGAGAGAUUUGAUAGUGUUACAUGUGUCCUGGGCUGUGAAGGCUUUAACUCAGGGUCGCACUGCUGGGACGUCGAGGUUGGGGACAGUAAUAUCUGGGAACUGGGUGUGAUUAGAGAGUCUGCUCCCAGAAAGAAGAAUUUCUUCUCUAAUGCAGUGUGCAGCAUGAGCUACAAUAAUGGAAGCUACCACAUGCUCUGCCCGGGACAGGCAGGUAACAUUUUCAGAGCUAAAGACAAACCACAUAGGAUCAGAGUGAUUCUGGACUGGAACAAGGGGAAAGUGACAUUUAUUGAUCUUCUAACCAAUACAUGCCUGCACACUAUAACAUACACUUUUACUGAGAGAGUGUUUCCAUUUUUCUAUAACGGCUCUCCUUCACGGCCUCUAAAGCUCUUACCAAUAAAACAAACAGUAACAGUAAAAACUUGCCUUAACUCCACAGAACAAAAACAUCAUCACAAUCUCUGA